CAUUAAUCCAUCACUCUCAGAUUUUCAUUCCCAUACAACCGUCCUCACAAGUUAGUUGCCCUCAAUCAAUCUCAAUUUUUUUUAUUCUGAAGCAACGAUACUCACAACCAAAUCAAGUUAUCUACCCUUUGGGAUCAGACAAAUUUUGAGGAAUUUCAAAUGGACCAAAACACUUCGCGCCCAGGGCCUGUUAACUGUUCCCUACUCACGUUGCCACUGCGUGCCCAUCGUGCUGACCGUGUGUGGUAUGAACCAGAUUCCAAAGACUUGUGCUUAAAAUGCGUGAACUGCCCUUCAGCUGCAUUCGGAGAUGAGGAGAGAGAUGAAAGAGUAAAAAAUAUGUUAGCUUAUGCUGGGUUCUUGGGGGUAGAGCACAUUGCCCGUAUGAAGGUGGAUCAUAGUUUAAUAUGCGCUUUGGUGGAGAGAUGGAGGCCGGAGACACAUACUUUCCAUCUUCCAUUCGGUGAGGUUGGCAUUAGCCUACAAGAUGUGGCGAUGAUCCUUGGUUUGCCCAUUCGAGGUAUGCCCCUUAGUGGUCCUACCAUUAAGGGUAAGGCUGAGUGGAUCAACCUGUGCACGCAGUCAUGUGGUUUCACUCCUUUAGAGACUGAUAUGCGCACGAGUGAUAUCACCUUGAGUGCUGUUACCCGUCACCCGAUUGUACCUGACAGUACAGACGAAGAGGUCACCGAACACACCAGGACCCUAAUAUGGCAAUUGCUUGGAGGGUUUUUGUUCCCUGACACGAGUGGGACAAGAAUACGAUUGUACUUUUUGGAAGUCUUGCAGGGUGACUUGGCUUUAGCCCGUCGAUGGAGUUGGGGAUCGGCGGUUCUCGGGUACCUCUACCAUAACUUGUGCAACGGCGCCAAGUGGGAAACCAAACAAGUUGGCGGCUGUAUGCACUUGUUACAGAUUUGGGCUUGGUCGAGGAUUUCGAUGUUCCGUCCCUCAGUACUUCAGGUCAUUCAACAUGACCAUCUUCCAUAUGGGUGCAGGUGGAUCGUCCCCAAGUCAUAUAAGGGAUCCCCAAGACAUUGCAUACGCUUGUACCGGGAUGACCUAGACCGCAUGAGUGAGAAUCAGUUUGAUUUCAUUCCCUACGCGUCCGAGACACUCCCACCUCUCGUCCUUAAUGAAGCUCCGCUUUGGUCGGCUAGGGUCAUGCUCAUAUUUUGCAAUAUGGCCGAAAUGCAUUACCCCGAUCGAUUUCUUCGGCAGUUCCAUAUAAGGCAAGAUAUUCCGAAUGCUCCUUUGACAGGUAAUGAUAAUCACGGCAAUCGUUCCAACAUAGUAGCUGGUGCCUUGGCGAUGUGGGCGAACAUACAACAUCACAUAUACUUUCUUGAUUACGCUCAACAUAUGUUCCUCGAAGCAACUAAUAGGUACCGAAAAUGGUACAAGAAGUAUGGUAUGACACGUGUCCAGAACCCUUCUCACAAUGUGCCCACGACAGGCUACACCCCGACAGCACACGAUUGGGGUAUUGUGAAGCAAGGCGUUCACGAGGUGUAUCAGCUCUUAGCCGAUCGUGCGAGUUAUGAGGACUGUCAAAAACGACUACGGCAGAUGGCCCUGGACGUAGGUGAUGAAGAGAUGCUCCACCGGGGCAUAUUCCAUUAUGAAGAUGAAGAUGAAGGUGGAAGUGACGAAGAGGAUGAUGCAGAUGAACAUGAAGGUGGGGGUGAGGACUCACCAUCGCUCCCUCAAUUCUCAACACAUGGUGUCUCAUUUGAUCAACCACCCCCUCAAUUCUCAACACAGGGUGUCUCAUUUGAUCAACCCCCCCCCCCCCUCAAUUCUCCAUUAGAGAGCGCCGCAAGCCUGCAAAUCGCCAUUAGCCAAAGCGGUCAGCGGUGAGGAGCCCAAAUAGCGGCCAGCGACUAGAACACCUUCUUCUGUCAAGGCUUCAAACAACCCGACAACGGCCAGUAAAUUAUUCCCAAUCUAUUAGCUAUGAAUAAUAAAUCCACUAAAUGUUCUUUUGAUUUAUGAAUUAUGGAUUUUUGUAUGAUGCAUUUUUGUUGUCUUGGUAAAUUCAUAUUUGUUUGGUAUUGUGCAAUUUUGAAUUGAAUUCCUUU